AUGGAGACAAACCAGAUGAGCAUCAUGAUGUUGCCAUGGUUAGCCCAUGGACACAUCUCACCGUUCCUAGAUCUAGCAAAGAAGCUUUCAACCAAAAACAUUACAACAUACAUAUGUUCUACAUCCAUCAACCUCAAUUCCAUCAAACCAAAAAUCCCAGAAAACAGCUUCAUUAAACUGAUCGAUAUCAAUCUCGAAUCCUCUGAACUACUCCCCCCACACUUCCACACCACCAAGAACCUCCCACUUCAUCUCAUGGUCACUCUCAAAACCGCCUUCGACAAUUCAUCUCUCAAUUUCUCAAACAUCCUCAACAACAUCAAACCCGACAUCCUAAUCUACGAUUUCCUCAUGCCAUGGGCACCACAAAUAGCCUCUUCCCACAACAUCCCAGCUGUCGAAUUCAUUGUCUGCAGUGCUUCCUUCACAGCCUUCUUACAACAUCUGUACAUGCUCAAGAAUCAUGAUUUCCCUUUCCCAGAGAUUUUUCUUCGAAACUAUGAUAAAUUGAAGUAUGAAGAGUUCACCCAUCCUAGUCAAGAUCGUGGACAAAUUGACACCCUUCCUUUCGCUAAGUGUUUGGAGCUAUCUAAAGAUAUAGUCUUGAUCAAAACUUUCAGACAAGUGGAAGGUAAGUAUGUUGAUUAUUUAUCUUCUUUGAUUAAAAAAAAGGUUAUCCCAGUUCCACUUGUCGAAGAUGUUAAAGGAAAUGAAUUACCGAUCAUGGAAUGGCUGAACAAGAAGAAACAGGGGUCCUCUGUUUUCGUCGCUUUCGGAACAGAGUACUACCUAACGAAGAACGAGAUUGGAGAACUUGCUCAUGGGUUGGACUUAAGUGGGCUAAAUUUCAUAUGGGUAUUGAAAUUUCCCUACGGAGAUGACAGAAAACUCGAAGAUGUUCUGCCUGAAGGGUUUUUAGAGAGAAUAAAGGAGAAAGCAAUGGUGAUUUUGGAUUGGGCACCACAGAUGGAGAUUUUGAAACAUGAAAGCGUUGGUGGAUUUGUGUGUCAUUGUGGAUGGAGUUCGAUUAUGGAGGCGAUGAAGGUUGGUGUUCCGAUUAUAGGAAUUCCAAUGCAUCUUGAUCAACCUGUUAACGCUAGGUUGGCUGUGGAAGCUGGCAUUUGUUUGGAGGUUUUGAGGAAUGAUGAUGGUUUGAUUGAGAGGGAAAUGGUGGCUGAUGCGAUUAAGAGAGUGGUGAUUGAUGAAGAUGGGAUUAGUUUAAGGAAGAAGGCUAAAGAGUUAAGUGAGAAUUUAGGUUUAAUCAAUGAUGAUGAGGAAUUUAAUGGUUUGGCUGAAGAACUGGUUAAGUUAUGCCUUUCUUGA